ACUGAACAAGAAGCCUAUCAGUUCUACAACACAUACUCCUGGGAGAUGGGUUUCGGUAUUAAACACGACAACAAGUACGAGAUAAAGAAAACUGGAUACAAGACUAAUCAGGAUUUCCUCUGCUCGUGCGAGGGGCGGAGCAACAUAGGAAACACCAGGUCCGCGCGGACCAAAUGCCCAGCAAUGGUUCGAGUGAAGAGGACAUCCAAUGAUGGCUGGUUUUUCUCUCGAGUUGUUUUGACUCACAACCAUGAGCUGGCAGAAAUGGUUGGUGUGAAAAAAGUCUGGAAAUGUCAUGAUGCAAUUGAUUCUUCGAUGAGAUAUCUCAGCAAACAUAUUCGUUCAAACAAUGUGCAAGUUAACAAGGUGUUUGGGGUCAUGGCUGACAUCCAUGGGCGUGCUGAAGAAGUCUCAUUCGGCAAGAGGUGUCUGAAAAAUCUUUGCGCAUCAAUUGCACAUGAAGCUAGCCAGGACGACAUCGCCAAGAUGCUUGAGCUUUUUGCAACAAUGCAAUCCCAGAACCCUGAUUUUUUCUAUUCAGUUAAGACCGACAUAGAAAGGAGUGUCUGGUCUCUUGUGGUGCCACUCGAAGAGCCGUGCUGAUUACUAGUUGUUUGGUGAUGUUUUGACAUUUGACACAACCUACAAGAGCAAUUUAUAUGAGAUGCCUGUUGGGCUUUUUGUAGGUGCCAACAACCAUUAUCAGUCUACUCUUUUCGAUUGUGUUGUUUUGCGAGAGGAGACUGUAGAGUCAUUCAAGUGGGCUUUUGCAACCUUCCUUGGUGCCAACGGCGGUAAAACACCAAAAACUAUUCUCACAGGUAUAUUUUUUUAAAUGGCUAGCUUCACGCAUCUAUAUGUUCAAUAUGCUCAUACAUGUCAGUGCAAAAUCUCUUAUUAGAAAUUUUUGCAGAUCAAUGCUUGCAGAUGGAGCGUGCAAUUGCUGGUGUUAUGCCUUCUACUGCUCACCGUUGGUGCAAACGGCACGUGAUGAAAAACAUCAAGGAGAAACCUGGGACCUUGUACAAGAAAGGUACACCAUUCAGCAUAGAUUUCAACUAUCUAACCAACGAGAUGAUGACUGUCGAGGAGUUUGAAUCUGGAUGGCAGUUUCUGGUUUCUAGUUAGGGACUACAAGAUAACAGGUACAUGCAGGAUGUGUUUCACUGCAGGGAUAAAUGGGCCAAGCCAUAUCUUAGCUCUAACUUUUGUGCCAAAAUGUCAAGCACACAACGGAAUGAGUGCAUGAUUAACGUUCUUAAAACUUAUGUAUCGCUAUCAGCACCGCUCAACAGAUUUGUGAUGCAGUAUAACGAACUAAUAGCCUCUCGUUGCGAAGAAGAGGACUUUGAAAUGGCACAUACAAAAAAGGUUUUCUUCUUUCUUCUUGACAGUACAGUAAAUAAUUACAUUCAUAAGUUAUCUGACUAGCAAUAAAAAUUGCGU